AAUCUUCCAUACUUUAUAUAGGCUGUGUCGUGUAUUUUGUGCCGCUGUUAAAUAAGCUCAGUCGAAUUAUUUUGGUACUCAGUUUCCAUAUUUGUUCCUCUGAGAGUUUCAGGCACGUUGUUUGCUAACAAUAUCUUAUGCAGUGUCAGGACAUCUUACUGUCUGCUCGAUUUACGCUCCGCAGUGUGUAAUUUGUAUUGGGAUAUUGAGUUGAUUAUGAUAGUUAGUUGAUCUAUUAGACGUAUCUCUUCUCGCCGUCGAACAAAUAAUAAUAACCCGUAUUUGUUUCAAUAAUUCUUGGUAUUUGUGUCGUUUAACUUUAGAGAAAUUCCACUAACUUUCCCAGCUGUUAUCAGUCCUAUCACCAUACCAGCCAACAGCUCUUAUCACACUUAUAUAUCACAUAAAGUUGACCAUAUAAUCAUGCACCUUACACCAUACGUACGUAUGUGAGCUGUAACACGAUACUCCAAGCUCAAGCCCUGAAAAGGUCUAGCUGUCAGUGUACCAUCACCAUAGCGACAACCCUGAGAACAUACCCCUGAGAUCCCGUCCAAUCAUGAGAAGUGAGGUAGUGACUAGUGAGGUCCCUCACCUUUCACUUGUGCAGAACGAGUGGAGUGCGUUUGGUGUGUGUAACACAUGGUGUAUUUGUGUCCUUAAAUCUAACAACAACUCGUAGGGCUUUAACGUGUUGACACUUGUUAUCAGGUAUAUUAUAGUGCACACCGCUGCUGAAUAUUUUAAAGGUCAAAUUGUAUUGUUGGAGAUCAUUGUCGGGCAGUGGGCUUACCAAGUGUCUUUGUUAUGUGGUGAGUUCAGCAGUUUUAAAUUACUUGCUCUUUGUUUUUCAGGACCCCCGCAGCGUCACACCUGUGCACAGCACAGGCCAUAUCACGACCCCUUUUUAGGCCUAAUGGCUUUUACAUCCUCACUGUUUCCCUCUACUCAGAUUUCACAUCGAACAUUUGAAUUUGCAGUAACACUCAUCACUUGCAGUCUACUGUGUGGGCUAUUUGGCCCAGUUUCACUCUAAUUUAACGUUGUUGGCCGUGUAACGGUGGAUCGUGCUCAACUUUUAUAACAGCUGUUUCAGCUGAUAUCUUUGAUUAAAUUUGAUCCUACGCUAAGUUGCGGUAUGCCAAAACUAUCAUUCGAUUAAAUGGUGUAUUAACUGCCAACCCUCGCCAUUAUAAGCUGUAUUUUGUAUGCUAAUGGCGGUAAAUGGAACGGGAACCAGUGAUCCUUUGUUUUUCAUUGGUCCUGCGUGAGGCGUGAUAGUGGUCACGUGUAACAAUGUGCCCGAUGAAUUUAAUGAUAUUAGAACGUAAUAAAUAUGUUGUGUAUCAGAUUUCCUACCGUAUAGUGCUUUUAUGUUGUACCUCCUCGCCGCAUUCCGACGCGUACCCCAAACAGUAUCCUACUUUUCAACUAUUUCUCCCUAGUAUUAUAUAUUCAACUUUUGCUUGUCACUUAACCUUGAUUUAUUACAUAUAAUAUGUUUCAUACAUUUGGAUAUUUGCGUGUGUAGGUGUUACAUUUAGAAGGAUUCAAAUUCCUAAAUAUCCUGUCCGAGAGCUCUCACUAAGCCCUGACAACAGUUCUCUCCGAUACCUUAACCUAGUUCGUUACCUUACGCCUGACUAAGUUUAGCACACAGGGUGAUGUUGUUGUGUCGUCUGGCAGUCUGAGUCUGCGCUUAUCUGGGUGUUUGUGAGUCAGCGAGUGUCAAUAACACAUGUUUUAAAACACAGCCGUGUGUGUCUGUUGAAAUCACUGACUGUGUGUGUUUGUGUUUGUCUCAGCUGUUAGAGUGCUAAUUAGAACGCCAGUAUUUCGCAGUGUUAUUAGUCUACCUUAUGUUCUCCUUCUCCUCCUGCUCCUGAUAGCUGUACUCCUCAACAAUCUGGACACAACUUGUUAUCCUGCUCUGACGUCAGUUUUUAAACACUUUGAUCAGAGAUCGUAGAGAAGAUAGUGGAUCUUCUGCAGAACUAAAUAGAACUCCUGAAGGAGGUUAUCCAGAAAGACACUAAACAGCCGUUAUCAGACCGAUUAGAUAUCAGAAUAAGGCCCUGUCAUGGAUCCACGGACCCGGGAUCAGCUUGAAACGUGGAGACGGAAGAGGAACAUCUCCGGACAGCGGGGUAUCAGUACAAUCAGGAAAACUGAGAUGAAAUGGGUACAGAUCCAGCAUAGGACAUUUGCUAAGUGGGUCUCCCAACAUACAGGUUCGAAGAUCGAGAACUUCAAAGUGGACUUUAUCGAUGGUACGAUAUUCCUCCGGCUGAUGGAGGUGCUUGCGGGCAAGUCUGUCAAACGGUAUCACAUGUUCCCGCAAUCUAUUACACAGAGGUGUGACAACGUCCAGCUCGCUCUCGACAUCUGUUCCAGCGAGGACGUGAAGUUGACGAAUAUUGGGGCUCAGGACAUUGCUGGGGGUUCCCUGAAACUUAUCCUAGGCCUUGUCUGGUGUCUCAUCCAAAGAUAUCAUCUUACCAGUAUCUGCGAUAAGAGAGUUGGAGGCAGUGGCGGACCUGGUCUCAAAAACAACCUUAUCAGAGGACUCAACAAAGUUCUAGACAAAGUGAAGUUACGUGUCAAUAACAUCAGAGAUGAUUGGAGAGAUGGCAUGGCACUGACCGCCCUGGUGACCUAUCUGGCUCCAGCUUUUAACAGAGACUUCAUGAAUAUAGAGAGAGGCGACUACAUAAGCGCUACGGACGACGCUAUGACAGCAGCUCAGGCUCAUCUGAACAUACCUAGAUUACUGUCAGCAGAGGAUUUUACUAGCGACGAGGUGGACGAGCUAAGCAUGAUAACCUACCUGUCCUACUUCCUGGAUCCGGUACACAAGUCUGUUCGUGAAACCUACCUUAAGGAACACCCGGAGUAUGUGCCACUUUACAAGCCGUACAUUGAGCCUGAAGUUCCUGAAGAGACCAAACCGGAGAAAGAGAGUCCGAUAAAGAAACUGUUCAGUUCUUAUAAAGAGAAGUUAAAGAAAGUGAGACCCUCGAUAGCGGACACAAAGUUUUACAAAGAGCCCUAUCAGAUCGAUAGCAAAGAGAGAUUAUCUGGGAGCAAGGAGAGAUUGUCAGCGAAUAACGGGAGUGUGGGCUCUCCCAAAAAUCAGGGAUCCAUAUCUUCGUCGGAGCCUUAUCAGACAUUCUCCAGAUCCAAAGAGAGUCUGUUGCUAGAUCGGCGUACACCCUCUCCAAGUUCGAUCAGUUCCAGGGUUCGGGAUCUCCUAAGUCGGGGUCAGGGUCUCCCAGAUCUUUUCUUUCUCGCAACAAAGAAAGCAAAGCUAAAGCCAUCGACAACAGAACGGCCCAAUCGGGCGGAUCAUUGAUCAGACACCACAAGACAAUAAAACGAACCGAGAAGAGCCAGUGUGACAAAACCUCCGACAAAACAUGCGACAACUGUUCUAAAAGUUGUGUCUGUGAGGAUCCUAAAAGGGACACAGACAGUCCCCUGGGUGGGACAACUGGUCACACGGACGAUGAACUUGAUGUUAGUGACAGUGAAAGAGACGAGAUUCUGGAGCAGAUAUUCGGUGCUAAGUCAGUGGAGGAUCUCACUAAGGAUGACGACUCCCCGGCUUCACCACCUCAGAUCAACAGAUUCAAGCGUGCCAACACAAUGGUGAUCAGAAACAGGCCACAAAAAGCGCCUCUCAAGGAAGCUCUCAGUGAAAGUGAGUCGGAGUUGAGGCCGUUUUUCCGAGACCACGAGAUCUUAGCGGAGUACAAGCUUCUCUGCAAUAACGUGUCGUCUGGUGUAUAUGUUGUUCCGUCUCUGCGAUCUAUCCAGGUCUGGAACGGUGUGAUCUUCAUAAAGAUCGGUAUGUUCGCAGAGGGAUGUUUCAAGUUCAACCUCAAUAUACCAGACGAUUUCCCGUACAGUAGGCCAUCUGUAAACUUCAUAACACCAGUGUUUCAUCCUCAAAUCAACGAGCAUGGGGAGCUCAAUCUUACCAAAGCUUUUCCUACCUGGACCCCCAGAAAAGACAGAAUAUGGCACUUGCUACGAUACGCAAAGAGAUGUUUCUUCUCUGUAAACACAUUUGACGCCACUAACUCUGCAGCAGCAGCCUCAGUUCAGGAUAGCAUUGAAAACUACCGUCAACAGGCUAAACUAUGUGUCCUGGAAUCUGUCAGGCUCAACUACAAGGAAGAAGAAAACAUACCGAAGGAUGACGGUAGUGUGUUCAGUGGGAAGUUCUUAAAUGAUACUCAGCUGCAGAUUGUCAAGGACAAGCUGUACAAGGGAAAUUUAGAUUACAGCCUCAUGUUCAAUUGACCUGUGCAUGAGUGUGAAAAGUUGUUUUGCCUUUUUGUAAUUGUAUAUUGUGUUUUGCGUCUUAGCAGUCAAUCUGUGUUAACAUAUUACGUAUAUUGUAUACCCAUUUUUGAUAGAGCAGAAAACAGCCUUGUUGGCUUUUUGAAAAAGCGAACUGGAGAUUAACAAGUUGGGUUAGUUUUCGUUUUGAGAGGAAUAGUUGAUUCGUUUUUAGCUUGACAUAAUACAUGACUAGGAUUGACAUCUGAAUUUCUUAAUCAAGCACUGACACAAUGCAAACAUCUGAUGUACGUUUGACCUUGUUUGUGGGAUAACUUUUUAACUCUCUAAUUCUUCUAUAACCCUCUUAAUCUUUGCGUUUGACCCAUGUAUACUUUGUGGAUUUUGUAGUUUUUACUUUUUAAGUUAUGCAACUAAUUGAAUGAUAACAUAACGUUAAUUUGUAUUACAGUGAACAUUUUUAUAAAUUCGAAA